CGAAAAUUUAUUUGACGCAUUUUGGUUAGAACUCUACAACUGUACAAAAACACAUGUCUUUUUCCACGUCUGUUUUAAAAGGAGCUUAAGAAAUACUAAAGCCAAGAGGCGAAGAUGUCCAGGAGAUGGGAUGUCUCUCCCAAGAGGCCUGUAGCGGCUCAAAGUAGUUAUAUUUGCCACCAGACUGCCCGUGAACUCUAUGGCUCGUCUGUCUCCUGUUCCAGUUUGCUGGCCGCCAAGUUCGCGUCUUGCAAAGAUUUGUUCCGAAAAGACUUACGUGGACACUUUGGCUGCGUGAACGCCAUCGAGUUCUCUAACAAAGGAGGGGAGCUUGUUGUGUCAGGCGGGGAUGACCGCAGGGUGCUUGUGUGGGAUAUUGAGAGGUCCCUCACCAACACUAAGCUGUCACCUGCUCAGAUGAAGGGACAACACAGAUCAAAUAUUUUCUGUACAGUCUUCAGCAAUGAUAACAACCUCAUCUAUUCUGCCGGAAAUGAUGAUCAAGCAAUGAGACAUGACCUGAAAACGGGAGAGACAGUGGGUGUGUUUAUCCACGAUGAUCCAGUCUACUGUCUGAACAUCCACCCAGAGGAUAACGUUUUCUUAACAGCAUGUGAAAAUGGCAAAGUCCUCAUGUGGGAUGUAAGGACACCGACAGGAAGCAGCCCCUCCCAGUGUGUCGCACGGUACCCGUCCUCUGCAUUUCAUGCUGCUGUGUUCAACCCUGUUGAUCCUGUGCUCAUUGCUACAGCAAAUGCAAAGAAGGGAGUACAGCUAUGGGAUUCCCGAGCCCCUAAAAAGCUCCUGCAUCAGUACAGCAGCAUAACACCUCAGCCAUGUGCCAUGGGCGUCAGGUGGAAUAAAGCAGGCACUAUGCUGACUGCGCUGAGGCGUCGCCUACCACCUGUGCUAUACCGCAUUGACCGCACAGCCAGCCUAGCAGAGUUUGAUCAUCCUGGGUACAACAAUGUUUGCACCAUGAAGAGCCACUGCUUUGCUGGAGACAAAGAUCAGUAUAUCAUCUCUGGGUCAGACGACUUUAAUGUGUAUGUCUGGAGGAUACCAGACAUGCUGGCAAAUGAGCCUGAUACUAUGGUGUCUGUCGACCAGGCAUUCAUGGUACUCUCUGGACACAGGUCUAUUGUCAACCAGGUCCGCUUUAACCCGACCACGCACAUGAUCAUCUCAGCUGGUGUGGAGAAGAUUAUCAAGGUGUGGAGCCCAUGGGAGGUCUAUGGUGACAAAAAGUCUGGCAUUCGCCCACUGACCUCUAGCCAGCGUCGUGAGCUCUACAGCCAUGAUGACUAUGUGGACUUGGUGUUGAGCAGUGGGAGACCGCUGACCCAUGAGUAUGAUGAGGGCUCAGUGGAGGAGGACCCUCGGAUGCUGGCUUUCUUUGACUCCCUCAUUCAGCACGAGGAGCGAGGCUGGGAGUCAGACAGUGAUGACAGCUUCUCCCCAGAGGAGUUUUACCUGAACUUUACACACGCAGACUCCAGCGGCAGUGAUAGCGGCAAUGAGCCUCCAGGUCUCAGUAUCCAGUCUGUCCGGGACAUCUUGGCUGGAUAUGCUACAGCCCCGGGAUACCAAGAGGAGCCCCCCGCAGAUGAAGAGACAAGGGCUGUGCUAAGGAGGAUGGGGCAGCUACGCCGGGCGAUGCACCUGCGCAAUGAGGCAGCGGAGGAGGAAGGGGACUCGGAAGCACAGGAUGUACUCAGGAGGAUGCGGCGGUUACAGCGUGCCGUAUUCCUGAGGGGGUUCCUGCGUGAGGAGGAGCAGGAAGGAGCUGUUGCAGCGCCCUCAGAGUCCAGCUUGCAGUACUUACGGGACAUCAAUAGGGUGCUAAUAGAUGGCCAGGGUGGGUCAUCAUCGGACAGCAGCACUGGGACCUCGAGUGAGUCUGAAAGGCUUGCCAGAAUGCCGUCAAACUCAAGUGACUUGAUAAGACGAGCUCGCUUUCCUUCAACAUCCAGUGCAUCAUCUGACAGACUUGGGUUGUUGGCUUCCCCCUCCAGUAGCUCAGAGAUGCGUGCCGGGCUAGCACCACCCGAGAAUGAUGCAGUGGUAUUGAGGAGUGCCACAUUCAGACGGCGCACCUUUGGUAGUACACGUCGUUACCGCAGAACAAGAGUGGCUGAUGAUGAGCAAGAUGGAGAAGAGACAAGUUCAGCUAGCGAGUCAUCAGACAGCCAGAGCUCCUCAAGUAGCCACGAGUCUGAUGUGGAUAGACGACGGAGGAGAUGUAAACAAGCAAGAACACAUGAGUCAGAUUCCACAUGCGCAUCAACAAACACAGAACCCAACAGAACCGAUCCUAGAAUAAACACAGGAACCAAUAGAAUGGGUUCUAAACUAGACACAGGACCCAACCAAACAGAUUCUCGACUAUUAACAGGUGCCAAUGGAACAGAUUCUCAACUAGACACAGGACCCAACCAAACAGAUUCUCGACUAGACACAGGACCCAGCAGGACUGCCUCCUCUUCCAAAAGUCAGUGCUCAAGGGAUCCCUUACAUUCUAGCUCUGAAGAUGCCAAUUCCACAGGAAUGUUAGUUGGGAUAACACAAGAAAACGAGAGGAAUUCGAGUGAGCAUAGUACACGCAAUAGUUCAAAUUGUGAAGGUUACCAAAGUAUUAGGCGUAUCAAGAGUUCAGCUACUGCGACACUUUCUCAUUCCUUUGAUUCCAGUGAUGUCUGUAAUGGUAGCGGAAACAUUCCAGCAUGCACUCUUACUCAGAUGUGCAACUCAUUUUGUGAAUCUGAAAAGGUUAAGGAAAGCAGUAGCUCGACUCUGCAUUCUUGUGACCAUUCGAAUGACCAUGCUACUUCAAACAACACAAGGAAACCAUGGGAUAUGCCUGGUUACAGGCCAUGUAAUGGCUCGUCUGGUCAUGUUACACAGUGUCCCAAAACACCAAACCGAGGGACAAUUUGUCAAGAACAACACAGAACUCAAAUAGAUGACAGCCACAAUGAGAAAGUUAGCAAUAAUAUACACUGCUGUGGGGCAGGCAAUAAGCAACAAACAGUAAGCAGUCAGUCGUCAGAAAAACACCCAGGGGAAAGCUGAUUGGCUAAUCGCGAAGGGGAAAGCUGAUUGGUUAAUCACCCAGGGGAGAGCUGAUUGGUUGAUCACCCAGGGGAGAGCUGAUUGGUUGAUCACCCAGGGAGAAGCUGAUUGGUUAAUCACCCAGGGAGAAGCUGAUUGGUUAAUCACCCAGGGGAAAGCUGAUUGGUUAAUUACCCAGGAUAAAGCUGGUUGGUAAAUCAAUCAAUAUUACGGGGAAAUUAAAACAGGGAGGGGACUUAAUAGAGUUUUAUGGAAAACCACCCAAAAUAAUCACAAUAACCGUACAAUCUUUGUAGUAAUAGAUAGUUUUUAGGGGAGUGAGUUGAUUUUCAUAUCCAUUCAGUAUUACUGUAGUUGUGAUUGCAUAGUGGUGCUCUUUAUGCCUGUUGUAAGAUAUGAAAUCAAUUUUAAAGCUAAGUCAUAUAUCAGAUUAUUUGAUUUCAUGUCCUCUGGCAAUGUUCUGUAUCAAUACAUGAUUUUUGAAAUUACGGUAAUUAAUUACUUAUAUAUGUUCAAACCAAGUUAGGGUAUUUAUAAAGUGAUAUAUAAAUUAAAAGAACAUUCGUACACAA